AUGAGUGCACGCCGAAACGCCUUUCUCUCGCGGACUGAGCCGUUGCAGAGACACGCGUCUUUGGAGCUGCAGCAUGAUCGCAUAUCAGGGCCAUUGAGCUUCUUGAACCCCACGCGCGCGGUCUACACGCAUCUCUCGCCUCCAGUGAAGCCUAGCCAGGGUAUCUCAAACGGGGCGCCAGACGGCCAUCAGUCUUCCCAUGGCGAUCACCCAGCAUCUAGACUCGAGUUCAAAUGGCGAUCCCGAGACAAUCGGAAGGGUCGUCAUACCCUCCUCGUUGACUCUUCCACCAAUUCCGUCGCUCCUUCAAAGACGACUUCGUUGCGCGAAGUCUGCAAAGGGAUACUCCGCAUGCUGACUCAAUUCCCUUAUUGGGACAUCUCCUGGCUUGUCGCCACAAUUUUCACCCUUGGUUCCGUCGUCUGGGUCAUGAAUUCUUUCUUCGCUUGGCUCCCGGACGUGGCGCCAUCUACAGAAUUCGACAAGGAGAUACUCUACGCUGGAGGCAUCACGGCCUUCAUCGGAGCUACGAUCUUCGAAAUCGGUAGUAUCUUGCUCAUAAUUGAAGCGGCAAAUGAGCACCGAGAAGGAUGUUUCGGCUGGGCGCUGGAAAGGCUCGUGGAAGGCGAUGAUUCGGAUGAUGGCGGAACGCUGCGGAUCAAGCCGGAUAGCGACCGAUGCGCGCAUCAUCAUACUAACAAGAAGAAUCUAGUUGGGAAAGGAGACACUGGCAUGCUGGAGAAGACCGUGGACGAGCGUGGCAGUGGGAAAGGAUGGACUUGGUUCCCAUCGCGGUACGACUUGACGAAUCACUACCUACGCGAGCUCGGCUUUCUUGCCGCCCUCGCUCAGCUAUGCGGUGCGACUAUCUUCUGGAUCUCAGGCUUUACUGCUCUUCCCGGCAUUAAUGAUAAGCUCUCAAAGGGGCUCUCAGACGGUAUUUUCUGGACGCCGCAGAUCGUGGGUGGCUCCGGCUUUAUCGUAUCUGGGACUCUUUAUAUGCUUGAAACGCAGGAAGUAUGGUACAGGCCUGCAUUCCAGGUGCUGGGGUGGCAUAUUGGGUUUUGGAACUUCAUAGGAGCGAUUGGAUUCACUUUGUGUGGAGCGCUUGGCCCCGCAUCUUUUACGAAUAGUGGCGCGCUGUAUCAAUCUUCGUUGGCGACUUUCUGGGGGAGCUGGGCAUUCUUGAUUGGAUCUACAAUACAGUGGUAUGAGAGCUUGGAUAAGCAUCCAGUUGAAGUGAGGAGCAAUAACAGUAACUUCUGA